AUGGCGGCCGCGCUGCUGCUGCUGCUGCGCGGGGCCCGGCGGCUGCUGGCGGGGCCCGGGGCCGGGGCCGCGGCCAGGCGGGGCGCGCACGUGGCCCCGCCGCGCCACGAGAAGAAGCGCUGGCUCCGCGCCUACCUGGAGCAGCAGCGGCUGCUCGCGCCUCCUCAGCGGCGAUCAGAGAAGCCCAACUGGGAUUACCAUGCAGAGGUACAAGCCUUCAGCCACCGGUUACACGAAAAUUUUUCCUUGGACCUUCUCAAAAGGGCGUUCGUCAACCCUUGCUACAUUAAGGCCGAGGAGGAGAGGCGCCAGGCCCUGGGACUGAGCCAGGAGGCCGUGGCCCUCAACCUGCAGGACAACACUGAGCUGUGGGAAGCGGGGGAAGCGUUUGCGCGCUCCUACCUGGCGCAGUGUUUCGAGGGCGCCUACCCCAGCCUGCCGGCCGAGGGGGUGGCGGCGCUCGUGGGCUUCCUCAGCGGCCAGGAGCUGGUGGCCCACGUGGCGCAGCACCUGGCCGUGCAGGAGCUGGCGCUGUGCGCCCGCUUCCCCGUCCCGCCGCCCGUGCUGCACAGGACGUUCUUCGCCGUCGUGGGAGCGCUGCUCGGCAGCAGCGGCCCGCGCGCCACCGGCCUCUUUGUCAGGGACUUUUUAAUUCCUCAACUGAUUGGAAAAGACCUGUUUGAGAUCUGGGAAGUUAUCAAUCCUAUGGGCUUGCUCGUGGAAGAGCUGACCAAGAGAAAUAUGCCUGCUCCAGAACCCCGGAUUACCAGGCAGUCGGGGGUCAGCACGGUUCUGCCCGUCUAUUUCGUGGGCUUGUACUGCAAUAAAAAGAUUAUAGCUGAAGGUCCUGGUGAAACGCUGUUUGCUGCAGAAGAAGAAGCUGCCCGGGUGGCGCUCCGGAAGCUCUAUGGGUACACAGAGAACAGGAGACCUUGGGAUUACUCAAAACCCAAACAGGAGUGGGCAGCAGAAAAGGCAAUCAGCAGCAGCUAGGUGAUAAAAGCUGCUGCUUGUGUGUUCAGAGAAUCUGUGACUUUUCAGCUGAAUAUAAAUGCAUGAAUAUAGAAAGCAAAUUUCAUUUUGGUCCUCUGAAUUUAGGGGGCUUGAAAUUUGCAAAUCAGAUGUGGUAUUAACAUUGUUUCUCUGACUUGAAAUAAAGUCUUUUUGCACAAUGUUUAGUAAUUUUCCUAAAUAUAACAGAGGCUCUCUUUUUCUAAAUUCAUGCCUUUUGGUAGGGAAGGCUCUCUGUUCAUCACAGGAGAGACCCUUCUUAAUGAUGUAUGACAGUGUGUGAUGAUCUCCUUGAUUUGAGCAAAUCCACUGUGUAUAGCAAAAGGGUUUCACAGCUGUUUUCUUGGUGCUUGUUUUGAGCAUGUUGCUGUUAAGAUCCAGUGAAUUACAUGUGCAACAAGGACUUUUGGGCUGCAUUGUUUUCACUUGUCCUUUAAUGUCCAGCAUAUAGACAUGGUUGAUGAUUCAGUUAACCAAGAAAGAGGGAGUAUGUGUCAAUGACAAUUUUGUACUCCUGCUGCUUGCGUAUGGACUUUAUUUGCCAUGUGCACUGGUUUCUGCUGCUGGGACCAUGUGCUCUAAGAGGCUGUAUUUUAAUUAUAAAUCCAGGUCAGCUGUGCUGCUCAUGCGUUUUCUCACCAUGUCGGCUGUGUUGAAUGCAGACCUGCAUUCUGAAGGGUGAAGCCUUUUGGGGAUACUGAGCUCCGGGAGAUGAACUGCAAUGAAACAGGUUUCUCCAGGCUCCCUCCAUAUACUUACAGGGCCCGUGCUAUCACAUGGAGUGUGCAAUUCUUGGAAUAGUUUCCUUUCAAAAUGUAGUCAGGGUCUGUUGCAAGUUGGAGCCUUCAAAGGGAGAAAGGAAGAAGCUGAAAACAGGACAGAGGUUGCAGAGCUUCCUGCCUUAUCCUUAUCCUGUCAUGAUCCCAGGCUGCACUCAGCAGGCUUGUGAUGCAGAGCUGGAUGUGCCCUCACUUCGUCUACUGAUAUCCAGGACCCUGA